AUGCCAGCUGUGGAGCGCGACGGCUCUAGGGAUGGAGAGCGACGUCUAAGACAUCAACACUCUUCAUCCUCAGACCAUAGCCGAGCUUUGAUCCCCAUGUGGGAUAGUUCAGAUCCCGAGAGGGCUCCCCCUCCUCUUCCGCUUAACCCCCAGUCCCCCAGCGUUUCCCCGCGGCGUGGAACCUCAAGUGCGAUACAGUCGGCCCACGCCAACCUUGCAGAGAAGGCACGGGAGAACAGCAACUCUUCCAGUGCUUUGGCCAAGAACACAAACGAUACUUGGCCAGAGAAGUCCCUCGUCCGAGGCUCCCAUCAUCGACGUAUAGAGUCCCUUCAGUCAGGUACCGUCCGAGAUAUCAGCCUGUUGCUCGAAAGCUCGCAACUGUCGGGCCCGACCUCGCCGACUAAGCCGGUCGAGAAAUCACUCAGACCGUCCACGCCAUCCAAGGUGUCGCAAAAUCAGAUCGAAUCAGCUUCUAUCGAGAAGGAAUCCCAGGUCAUCACGAACUCCCCGAGACCCGGGCCGAGCCUCACACCGAUUGUCCGUCCAAUAGUCCGCAGGCCACAGCAGAGUAUCUUGGGCGAAAACACCCCCCCUCAGUCAGCUACAAUGCAGGCGUUGCAGAAUAUGCAGAAUACGCCGCCGCAGGCGACGAGAGAUUCCGAAACCCCUUUGCAGAACAUCACCAAUCAGUCAACAUCUGUGGUUCGGGUACCUCAGAGCCUGGAUUGUCUAUCCAACCAAAUACUGAGCCUCACAAGCAUCGCGACAUCUUUGCAGAAGGACAUGUCGCAACUGAGCCGGCGCAGUCGCGACAAUGCAGCCGACCUUCUCAGCCUCAAGGAAGCUACAAAGGCCAGAGAUGAAGAUAUUCGGAAAAGUCUUCGCGACGUGCUUAACAACAUGCAUGAGACGACUGCACGGAUCAGUUCUCGUGAAACAUAUAAUACUGGGCUGUUCCUAGACAGCAGACCUCAUCAGGGAUCGUCUCCUCCGCCUACCAAAGCCAUCCGACCGUUUUCCCUACCACGGAUCCCUUCCCCCACCAGCUUCGCUGGGUCUAUAGACCGUGAUUCUAUCAGCACACCCUCGCUCUGCAAUUCAGAUCCAUCCACUGCUACCACCGCCAUUCUCGAGAAGGUGUUGCGAGACAUGAGCACGAAAGAUGGACAAACCCUCCUCCUAAACCGACUCACCGAACUCGCCGACAAGCUUGCCGGCAUGGCAUCCGCCGCCAGGGUCGAGGAACUUGUCGCCCAGGCAAAAAAGAACCGUGAGCAAGCCAUGGUCACUGUUGGGGAGGACGAAAACCGUCGCGAGACGGACGGCAAAUCUGGGCAGUCGAGCAGACGCGAGAUGAGCUACGACAUCCAGUCGGCGUCUCAAAAUGACGCGGAUCACAGGUCUCCGGAAUCAACUAAGACUGUGAAGCUGCUAGGAGACGACAUGACCAAAGCCAUCCGGUCAGUAAAGGACAUCGUUUCUCAGAGCGGGGGCCUCACUGCUGAAGUGAAGGCCCUUGUUCGCGAACUUCGUGGCGAAGUUCUGGGCAUGGGACGGGAGAUUGGCCGUCGACUUGACGAACUGGACGCCUCCAAAGACCCGGCGGAGGAUCUUUCGACCAAAGAAGAGAUUACCAAGAUUGUCGAGGAAGGGCUGGUUCGCAUGAAGACCCAAAUGGACGAGCUUGUUCGUGAGCACCGACGACUGUCGACGAGUGCCACCCCGCCCCGCCCUAAAGAAAUCGACUACCAGGAGAUAUAUAACGCAAUGAGAGCGGCCCUGCGCGACACGAAUGCCUCCAAACCGGCCGAAAGGACACUAAGCAGAGAAAACGUGGUGGAUGCUGUCCGGGAAGCUUGGGAAAACUACAAACCCGAGUACGAAAGAAACUUGGGCUUGGAGCGCGAGGAAAUCCUCGAGUAUCUCACAGAAGGAUUGCAGGAACACAUGCAAGCGGACAGCGCCACACCUGGUGCUACGAAAGAGGAGGUCUUUCAGGCGGUGGUUGAGGGGUUGAAGCAUUUCGUUCCUCCUCGUUUGGAUCCACCGCCCAACCUCACGCGCGAUGAGAUUCUCGACGCUGUGCGGGAGUGUCUCGAGGAAUUCGAGUUUCCCGUCGCACCGUCUGCCCUGAAUGCCGAGUUGACGAGGGACGACAUGGUCUACGCCGUCAAGCAGGGGUUGAACGAUUUCGAUUUCCCCCAGCAAAGUGUGGACCUCACCCAUCUUCCCGAUCGCAAUGAGAUUGCAUCGCAGCUCCAGGAGAUGAUGGACUACUUGCGCCAAGGGUUCGACGCUGCUUCGCAAGAGGCAAAGGAGAACGUGGACGCCAGUGGACGCGAUGUUGAACAGGUUCUGGACGCGACGAGGGAGGGACUGGAGAAACUGCGGUGCGAUAUGGAAGCAUACGUCAGCCACCUUUUGGAAGAGUCAGUUCGUUCGCGAACGCAGGACGAUCUGGCGGAGAAACUAACCGAAACGCUGGAGCGUUUCCAAGACGAGAUUGCAUCGACCGUGGCGAAGGCGUCGGAUGAGUCCAGGUCAAUGAUUGACAUGCGGAUGGAAUCGCUCCGCGAUACGGUCAACUCGUCCAUGGUGCCCGCAACUCCCCAGGUCAGCCACGUGGACAUUCUGGAAACCGUGAAAAGCGGCCUGGAUGCCGUCAGGGCCGAGAUUCGCCGCCCCUCUGCAGGACAUGCCGAAGUCUUGGACGCGCUGCACGAGGGUCUCGCCGACCUCCGGGUUGGCAUUGAAAAGAUCCACAACAAACCGGCCGACCUCACGGCCAACGACGAGAUUCUGGAGGCGCUUAAGGCAGGGCUGGACAGUGUCCGCGCCGACAUCGACGCACUGCGGGAGCAAAGCCGCGACGAUCAGGCGGUGGCUAUACUAAACGACAACGGAAUCGUGCCUACGGAGCCAUCCGCCGCACUGUGGCAUGAAGAUAUCAAGAAUCUUGAAGUCCUCAUCUCGCAACUCCGUAACCAAGUUGAAGCGUUGAGGCCCGCGACGACAGCCGACUCGACUGCGAAGGAGGAGGAGGAGCAGGUGUCCAAGGAUGAUUUUGCACGCCUGGAGAAAAUGCUGGGCAACGUUCAGGAGUGUGUGGACAGGAUGGACCCGAAGAAAGAGACGCCGUUGCCAACCGACAACGCGUCUAGGGAGGACGUUCAGGCCAUCGAGACCAUUUUGCGCAACACCAAGGCCAGGCUCGAUGAUCUGAUCGACGGCGAAGAUGCCGUGAGAAGGGAACAUGUGGACAACCUUCAGACCCUGAUCAGUGAAACCCGAGACGCCGUUGAUAUGGUCGUUAACCAGCUCGACACCCUCCCUCGGAAAGACGACGUUACGGCGGUGGAGUCGCUCGUCACACAGGUUGCGGCAGGCUUUGAAGAGAUGAAAGAACGAGCGAUGACGGACCUAGAAGACCCCGAACGAGUGACCAGGAGCCACGUCAACGCAGUAGAGGCAACAUGCCACGACAUCAAGGCCGUCUUCGAGAACAUGGUGAAGACGGAUCUGGUUGCGCUCGCCUCUAGCGAAGACGUACAGGCCGUCAAGAGCGCCCUGGAUGACUUACGAUCCAAGGUCGAGGCAACGGGCGAUAUGCAGUCGAAGGCAUCCGAGGAUCGGCAAGCGGAGAUUAUCGGGGUCGGCGAACGGGUCUCCGACGUCAAGACAGUGCUCGAGGAGUUUCAAGACCUGGUCAAGGGCAAGCUCGAGGAGGGCGUGACGGGGAUGGAAGCUCUUUCAAAGCUCUUAGAGGGCGUUUCCGAGACAGUGGGACAAAACGCCAACCUGGGACAGACUUUGGCGGACCUCUCCGACAUGAUACGAGCCGAGUUUGAAGAGUCCAAAACCGGGACAGUGGGCGCCAAACUCGACACGGACGAAAAACUGCAACAAUUCACCGAGGGUCUCGGGUCCAAGAUUGACGAGAAAUUUGCCGAGCUGGUCGUCAAGUACGAGGACUUUCAGUCCCUCUCGGAGGAGCGUGCCAAAGCAGCCGAAGCGCGAGACAUCGAGACGGAAGCUGCCCUUUUGAGCAGUAAGACGAUGGCCGAGGAACUCAAGUCUCUCGUCGACACCCUGGGCUCGGCCGUCACCGAUUCCCUCGAGAAGAUGGAAGAAGCGUCCAAAACAGUAUUCGACAAGGUGGAGGAGAUGACGGUCAAGGUAGAUGGGAAUCAUAUACACAGCACGUCGGAGCAUCACGAAAGUCAGAACCAGAUCAAGCGGGCUGUGGAGACGGUCGAGACUCUGCAGGGUCAGCUUGGGGACUUCCAGCCCAAGAUUCUGGACGCCGUCAAGGAUGUGCUGGUCGUUGUCGGGCAACACCACGAAUAUUCCAAGACGUCCACGACCGACAUCCGAGACAAGAUUGAGGAAGCGAAGGCCGACAUCGAGUCACUUCUGCCGCCGCCGGUCGAGAAGUACGACGACACUGCGGUGCACGAAAAGUUGGACAAGAUAGUCGACCACAGCGACGCCACCGAGAAGGCGCUUUCGCAACUGGAUGUCCUGGAGCAAAUACGCCAGCAGGUGAUGUCCACGGCGUCUGAGAUAUCCACGUUCCUGGCAGGACAGGUGAAACAGAUUGCGGAGGCCAAUGAGGACAAGGAGAAGUCGCUACAGGAGACGACAAUUGCCUUGGAGCGGCGGCUCGCGGAAAAGGAACAGGUGGAAGCCAAUCUGGGUGAUCUCCGAGCUGAGGAGGAGAGGCUCAAGGAAUCUGUCAGGAGUCUUCGGGCCGAGCAAGAGGUGACGAUGAAACAAAAGACGCGGCUGGUGGCCGAUGUGUCGUCCAUCGAAACAGCGCUGCGGCUUCGACGGGAGGAGCUUCAAGACAUGGAAGCACGCGCUCAGGGCCUGGAACGCAGGAUUCUCGACGGGAUUAUGGAUCACUCUCGCGUCCUGUUGAUGUCCAAGGCGGCCAAAGGCAAGGAGGCUAUGAGCCAGAAGAGGGUGAGAAACCAAAAACACAACCGCGCAACGGAAGGCGGGGAACGAGGGAACCCCCCCGUCGUCAACCUGGCCCUGGCUGCGAAACGGAACCUCGGUUCGCCGGCACAAACCGGAGCGGGCCGACGAAUCCUGUCACUGAGUCACAUCAACAACAACGUCGCCAGUGGGGGUGUCUCGCGAAGCCAGAGUGUACGGACCCCGGCACGCGGCGCGCGUUCCUUGCGCAAGAAUAGCUGGGGCGGGAGUCUGAACAAGGGUUACGGCGAACAUGAUAAGGAGAACAUAGCCGUCCGGGAGGUCGACGAGGAUGCCGAAGCCGAGACCGGUACCGGUACCGGUGAUGCAUGGCUGCCGCAGGACGCGCUGCCCACAAUCGAAGGCUCCGUGGUGGACAUGGAUGCUGACGAGUUGGAAGAUGUCCGGCGAAGCAGUUAUGGCACCACAGUCGUGACGGAGACGUUGGUCGACGAUGAUUUGACCGAAGAAGAUGAGUACGUCGAGGAGUACGGUCACUCGGGGGACGAUGCCGGGGAUGGCCAAGUCGUCAGGUAUGGCGAGCGAGGGGAAGUAUGA